AGGUGGAAGAGGGAGCUGACGUGUCGAUUCGGAAGGCUCCGCCCUCCGCUGAGCGCUGCGUUCCCGUAAACGGUUGUCCAGGCGAAUGGACAGCAUGAUGAGCUCCUCCAACGUCUGGGUCUCGUCCCGGGAGGCCAGCUCAUCCUGUAGGCGCGAGCUGAGGCUUGCCCGGUACGCGCUUCUUAGUGCCUUGUCAUUCCAGCCGCUUUCAGCCGCCAAAAUGCGGAAGGAGAUGGAGUGAUCCGCCACUGACGAGGAGCCUUGACGUGUCACGAGAAGGCGGCUUCCUGCUUCUCGUUCUCUCAACGGGUGAUCGAAGACACUCCGAAGUUCUGUGACGAAGAGAGGCAUACUGGAACACAAUUCCGGCUUGGAGUCGCACACCGCCAUUGCCCAUCUGGCCGCCCGGCCGGAGAGUAGGCUGAGCAUGUACGCCACCCUGGCUGCAUCUGUUGUGUAGGUGUGCGGCUGCUGUGAAAAGACUAGGGAGCACUGGUGAAUGAAGAGCUGGCACUGUCCAAAAUCCCCUUCAUAGCGCAUUGGAUGGGGAAUGCUGGGCUCCCGUGAUGAAUAAGUGGCCGGUACGGCGAUGUCCGUGCCUCCGGCGGCGAGCGGCGUGUGGUCGGCAGAGACGGCGGGAGGUGCACCUGCCAGCUGGGCGUGCAGCUCCCGGACGAGUGUGGUUAGCUCGUUAAGGGUUUGCUCGUGGUGGCUGAUACGCUGGCCAUGAGCUCGGAGCGCCAUUCUCACACUUUCAUCCUCCGCGGGAUCCAUAGUAUUGACUCAGCUAUUCUGUUGCGCGGCGUGCGCAGGAAAGCAGUUUGUAAUGGAUCCCAAGAUGCAAAAGACAAAAGAGGUUGUAGGACAGGCUUUAAUAGUCUCUGUUACCGGUCAGAACAAAAAACAACGGUGCAAUAAGAAAACUCAAAAGGGCACCGCGACAAAAAGAGAGAAACUGUACCAGGCUGGAAGGAGCUGCGGGACAUGUAGCAGGACUGCUCAGGAGAAGGACUUGGAAGCGUGGUGUAGCCUAGUGAUCCGGAGGAAUAGCUGAGUGCCGGAAACAGCAACAGGUGAGUAUAAGUAGGUUAGUUAAUGAUGAGCAGCUGCAGCACAUCCCGCAGCUCCGCCCCAGGCAGGAGGGACCAGGGUCUGAAUGCAAAACAUCAGCCUGAGUAAAUGCACCAAAACAGUGACAGUCAACAAUGACCCAAACAUACCAGUAUAGUCACAGCAAGGUGUGACAGAAAUAUUAUUAUAUAGGCUAAUAUUUCCAUAUGUUAAUAUUUAUAAUAUAAAUAAGAAUAAAGAAAUAAACUUUAAAAAAGCAGCAAAAAUGGAGACAUCAGCAGUAAUAUUACAAGAAUAAAGUCAAAAUAUUAAGGGAAAAGACUUUAACGAGAAAAAGUCAAUUUUACAAUAUAAAUAAUAAAAACAUUUAAGAUAGUAAUAUGAGAAGCAAACAAAACAAAAUAAAGUUGACAUUUUUGGAAAAUUAGGUUGGGGAAAAGAUAUAAGCCUUUAAACCUCACUUCUAAUAAGAUAUACUUUUAAUACAAACUAGCCAUGAUAGUAAAGAUAUUCCUUUAAAAAAACAACAUAUGUAGGUUGGAUGUCCUCAAAUUCAAUUUCCAGACGCAGAAUGUGAGUGUUAACAUAAAAAAAAAAAGGUUCAAGUAACUUGUUAGACUUUCAUAUUCUCUUUCAGCAGACAGUUUGCAGAUAAACUUGUCUUAAUUGAUUAGUCGAUGUCUUCAGGUUUUCUCUUCUCUUCACGGCUCAGUUUGGGAAGUUUUUAUAUAUUCAUGAGAUAAAAUAAAACAUUUAAAAUAUGAAAAUGAUUCACUUUUUGGCAGCUUUAAAGUAGGUCAUCCAAACUUCCCACAAAGUCCCCUGCUCGCUUUGGAAGUGCAGAGAUCUUCCAGUGCAGGUAAAUAUUCUCUUAAUCCACACCAUUCUCGUCCUGUUCCUUUCACGCUUGUGCUGGUAUUCCUGGGAAUAUGAUGAAAGGCCUGCCACCCUAUAAAGUUGUUAAAUGAUUGUAAAGUCCAGACCCGACAGGUGUCCAUGCUGGCGUAUCAGCGCUGCGACCUCCGUGCCUAAGCGUCACCAUGCUCCUCUUAUAGAAGGUGAUGAUCUCUUCACUGGAUGAUGCAGGCUGAUGGAGAAUGUCAGGCUAACUCGGCACCUGACGCCGGCAUGGAGGAGUGUGUCAAGUGUCCUGGUAAUAAUGGUCCCCACCCCGCACCUCCCAAUAUGGCCGCCUUCCAAGUGCCAAUAAUGCCACUGAUACCCAUCCGCUGUAAAAAUAGAUGCUUUCGAAAAUGAAUCUUCCCUCUGCCAGAAUUCUCUAUUAGAGCAGGAUGAAGCGGCGUCUCGGUCACGCCAGCUGCUCGGCCUCUCAGGGGCGCCAUAAUGGAAGGAGAUUGUCUUUUUCCCCCCCCUUUUAAGAGUUACUGGAAAUGGCACGGUUUUACACUUGUAUCUGACUAAAGCUGCUCUUAAAGCAUCUCACUGGACUCGGCUAAAAAUAGAAACUUACUCUGAGGUGAGACACACCUUUUAAAAAUGUUGAAGGCCUGACUUUACGGGCUACAGCCAUGGUUCUCAACAGGUGGGUCGGGACCCAAAAAUGAGUCGCAGAUCCAUCCUGAGUGCGUCGCAGACAGCAAGACAGAAAUACAUAAAUAAAUAAAUAAAUAAAAACAAAAAUGACUUAGAAAUGUAAAAAAAAAUAAAAAAAUAAAAAAUAAAAGUAAAAAUUACUUUAAGUGUAAACACAAUUAAAAUAAAUGGAAUAAAAAUGACUUUAAUAAAAGGAAGAUACAAAAAUAAUAAAAAUGACAAAUAAAAUCAAUUUAAAUUCAAAAUGACUUAAAGCGUAAAACAUAAUAAAAAUAAAAAUGACUUAAAUAAAAGUGGGUCGAGACCUAGUGACCAUUGGAAAAUGUAGGUCCCAGGUUGAGACCGUUUGAGAACCCCUGGGCCACAUGUUGUGUUGUGCCGACGUGUUCAUGAAAGUUAAAAUAUGGGAAACGAGGGUUUCAUGGUGAAAACGGCAGGGUUGACAGGUAUGGUAAAGUAAAUAAGUCAUGUAAGACGUAAAUAAAACUGCUCGGGCAGUGUCACAGUAAAUGUGUUCCCUAGGGAACCUUAGUGAGGAAUCUGUUAGGUAAUAGGAGUGUUAAGGUGACUAUAGGGGUGUUAUUUCAUGUCUAGAUGACUCUAAUAAUGUUAAACUGUAUUUAGAAGGUGGAGCUGCCUUCACACUUCUGGGGAGAUUUUCUACAAGAUGUUGGAGUGUGUCUGUGGGGAUUAUUGUCAGUUUGUGAGGUCAGAGGUUAUCCAUGUUGUCCCAAGUUGAUCCAAGCACGCCUUUAGGGAGCUUGCUUUGUGCGCUGGGAGCAGAAAGGGGUCUUUGUUGUCCACCAUGUCCUGCUGAGAUAAAGAAUGAGGAUUCAUGGAGUGAUCUAUUAAGCGCUGCUGUGUUUCAUAUAGGUCAGUGGAAUAGGUCCACACUAGUCAAGUGGCUCCACUCUCAUUUCCACAGCUUGUGCAGUGACCUCCACAGCGGCGGUGGCGCGGCGUUUAAAAGGGCACAUGCUGCAUUAAGAGAGCAGGCAGGGAGGAUAUGUUACCGCCAACCGGCAUGGCGCCGAGCCAGAUCAGCCAGAGUCAGCCGCCGCCUCUGGUUAGCACGUAGCUGGCGCGGCUCAGGUGACAUCAUGUCAUCACACCAGCGUUACUCACCACCCCCCACCUGACAGUUGCGUUACAUGUCUUACAUCACGGGUCUGACUUGAUUUAAACGCAGAAAGACUAAGAAGGAGCAGAGAUUCUAAGAUGAAAUGUUUGACUUGGCUCAACCGUUCCCAAGAGCGGCACGGGAAAUGUCACAGGAGAUUAAGCAAGAACAUUCCACGGAGGUGGCCAAACAGGAAGUGAGAAGGCAAACUCCACUCGAGGAUGAGCGCAGGACAUUCCUGUCACCGUUCACGUCUCGUAAAUCUUACCCUAUGACAUCUUACUGCUCCUUUUCGACAUAUAAUACGCAUGCACUCCGUGUUUCCCAUACAUACUGUAUGUAUUUGUGGCGGCUUGCCACAAAUACAUUUAGACGCCGCUAUGUGUUGUGGUUAGGGUUGCCAGCCAUUAGGGGUGUCACGAGACACUCAGUUCACGGGAUGACACGAUAAACAAGAUUUGGUCUACGACAACGAUACGAGAUUUUAACAUUACUUUCACUGUCAUGAUUGAUCAACUGUGCUUAAGUAUGUUAUCUACUGUAUUGUUUGUAAUUAUGCUCUGGAAGGUUUUUUUGUGUUUUUUUGAAAGUGAACAGUAAAUUCGCAAAAAUUACAUUUACAGUUCAUGGCGCCAGCCAUGACGAACUAGUUGUCGCAGCGAAGCGGCAUUUUCGGAAGUGACAUAAGCGGAGUAACACCGCUCAGCUACACAAACAUAGCGGUGUAAGAGAGCGAGGAUGUUUACAGUGACUAUGAAGAUGUGAGCUUUGUGUCAAUAGUUAUUGCUGUGAAAAGAUGCUUAUAUCACGUGUACAUGUAUAAUGCUUUACAGGCUUGUCGCUAUCGUGGAAUAGUGUUUAGAAUACAAUAUGUAAACAAGGCAUGACUUACUCUGUUCUGUGGCCACUUUGAUGUCCUUCUUGUGUUUUUUUUUCCUGUGUACCGCAUCAGCAAUAGCAUCCUUUUUCAAAAUGCGUUUAAACUGUACAGUACUUUCAAGCCAAAUGCUUCUUGUAAAGGUGUUCUCUGUUGUUGUUCAUGGCAAAGAACAGAACUCGAGGCGGGCUUCCAUUUGUCUCUCAUUCUCUGUACUUGCUUCACCCAUUUGUGUCUUAAACGUUUGGCUUUUGGAAAAGAAAACAAACUUACAUUAUCACUUGGAUAAUAUAAACAUCCAGCAGCAACACAACAUUUUGCCACAACUACUAUUUUGAUGAAAAAUAUACCGAACAAAGUUGACAAACUGCCUCGAGAAGCGUUUAGUUUAGAGGUUAGUUAGUUGAGAGGCGUUACUCCGCUCAUGUCACUUCUGGAAAUGCGACAACCAGUUUGUCAUGGCUUGUGCCAUGAAAUUUUUUCAAAUUUUACCUAUCUAAGCAAAGUUGAUAAAUCACGCCAGUGACCCUUUAAGUAAUGUGCAAUGAAAAAAAUAUGACAAUAUAUUCCAAUCUACUAAUUUCUACAACUUUACACUCUUCUGCACUGUGUGUAUGCCAGUGGCUGGCCUCCACCCACCAAGACAUUUGUUGUGUUUACAUAUUAUUUUAUGUUUUAUUUUUUUAAGUGUUUUUUUUUUUUAUCAUUCCGCCUGAAUGUUUCUCGCGGCCCGGUUUUUGGGGACCCCUGCCUUACAGCACACUUUGGGAUAGUUACACAUUUGAAAAUACCGUAACAACGCCACUUUUAUAGAAUUUCUCCUUUAUUUUAUAAUGUAAGAUUUAUGUCUACAACAACAAAUGUAACCCUUGAAUCGUAUCGAAUCCUAUUGUUUGUACACUAUCGAACUGAAUCGAAUCGUUCUGUUUUUAAAAUACAUCGUUUCUGAAUUGUAUCUUAACUCGUGUAUCUAGACACGUAUCGAAUUGUCUACCACAAAGAGAUUUACAUCCCAUACUUAUUAUUGAUAAAAAACGCUUUCCAUCUGCGAUUAAUUAUGAGUUAACUUUAAAAAAAAUUAUGCGUUAACUAUGGACAAAAUGCGAUUAAUUGCAUUUAAAUAUUUUAAUCAAUUGUCAGCCCUGAUUUAUAUAUAACUUAUAUUUAACGAGUAUUCAGACCCCUCCAGAGUGACAUAUCAAGCAACAUUUUCUGGUCUUUUUGGAGACUUUGGAGACGUGAAAGUUGUGGGUCCCUCCCCCCUCUAAAAGCACUCACAGGUAGCUCUGCCUUGUUUAAGACAUAAAAAAAAGUCUUCUCUAUUUGCCAUAUUCUGUCCUCAGCAGAAGGCGUUUUCAUCAUCAUGGUAUGACGUAAUAAUAAUUUAUUUUCUGCUCGUUUGAAUGACGUUUUAUUCACCUGUGGGGCGGAAUAGGAAGCUUGGCGGUGACAAGAAUGGGAAUGUAAGACACGAGCGUGCUGAGCAGCUUAUGAAUUAGAUAUGAAAGCAUCCUCCUGAUGACACGUCUAAAGAGUCUCGUGUAAUCACGCCAGGAGGAGCUCGCUGUGACCUUGGCGCGGGGAGAGACUCACUUAAGCUCCUCACACAUAAAAAAAAAAAAAGAAAGAAGGCUAAUGAUGCGGCAUGAAACAACACACACGUUAGCUUUGCUACAACUCACACGCAGGGGCGUAUUUAGUCAUUUGGGGGCCCAAGGCAAACCUAGUCAUUGGGGCCCUUCACAUCCUUGUACUGCACUGACAAAAGUUAUUUUUUUCUAUUUUAAAUGCAUUUAUUUUGCAUUUAUAUGAAUGUUUACCAUAUACAAACAAGUGGGAACAUGAGAAAAGUCCCCUAUUUCCUGAGUUACAUAAAGUCCUCUUGGGGGCUUAUUAUCACCUAACAAGUGAAUCAUAGUGACGUUUUUUCUGUAAUUGAUAAGCAUGAAGCAACAUUUAAUACAGUUUAACGCUUUAAUACUCACAUCUUUGUGGUGAAAAGCAUCACUCUCAGCUUCAUCUCUAGAACUACUGCAUUCUCCGCGUCUGACGCUGACUGCAGUGCUGCUGCUGUGGUCGUGUGUCUACGUUUGCUGGGACUGGGAAAAAGGCUGUCACCUUUGAUAGUUUUGAUGAAAACUGUUUUUUCCCCUCUCGCCUUCUCCUCUUCUUUGCUGCACUCUGCUUCAUUUUUCUCCAAACGGCGCCAACAAGUUUGUUUUUGCUACUGUCUUCCUGAAUCAAUCUGCACAUGCGCAGUAACAUGGAAUAGCCCAUUGCAUGAGAAGGGAGGUGGACGUGGUCGAAAUGAUCAUGAUAGAUGAUGCAUUUUGAUGUAGUUUUAAGCGUGUGAAUUAAGACUAAAACAGUAAUAUGUACUUUUAAUAAUAAUCAGUUUUUAUGAGGCGGGCAUGGUGUUUGCCUGAUGGUAAGUCCGCCCCUGCUCACAUGUCUGCUUCAAGUAAGCAGACUAAAUAAAACCAUAAGAGGAGCAGAAAUAUACUUAAAAUAUACUUAUAUGUUUUAUAAAUCAUCAUCUUCUUGGUUUGUUGGAUAAUUUAAAGGGCAAAUGAGCGCCACCUGCAGGAUUUAAGUGGAACAGCAACAAGCAGAGUGUGAAAGGUGAAGAAAGUGUUUUUUGCAUGCAUUGUUUACAUGUUGGAGGUAGUGAGGCUCGUCUGGCACAAACUAUCUUUGGAAUAUGAAGAGGUUGCUUUAGUGAAGUGAUUGUUGUGUUCAUCACACUUAUCUCCACCCAGCAGGGUGUCGGUUUCCAUGGAGAUGAUACGCCUUUUUAUUUCAUGCACGGUUUGCCUCUCAAUGACUCUUUGUGGAGAAUAAACACUCUUCUUCUUCUUCUUCUUCUUCUUCUUCUUCUCCUUUUUCUUCUUUCCCUUCUUGUUCUUGUCCUUCUGUCUUCUCAUUCUUCUAAUUCUUCUUCAUCCAUAAGCUUCUUCUUCUCCUCCUCAUUCUCUUCUAAUUCUUCUUUGUCCUCUUCUUCUUCUUACGCUUCUCCUUCUUUUCCUUCCUCUUCUUCUCAUUUUUCUUCUUUUUUGCCUCCUUCUUACUCCAAUCCUUUUUCUUCUUUUUCUCCUCCUUCCUCUCCUCCUUUGUACUCUUUUUUUUCUCUUUUCCUUCUUUUUCUUCACCUUUUCUUCCUCCUUCCUUUUCUGCUUCUUCUUGUUCAUUCUUCCUUCUACUUGUUCUUCUUUGUUCUUUUAUUUGAUUUCUCCUUCCUCUUCCCCUUCUUCUUCCUCUCCUCUUUGUCCUUGUCUUUCUCUUUUCCUCCUUCCUUCUCCUUCUUCUUGUUCUUUCCUCCCUUCUACGUAUUCUUCUUAGUUCUUUUCUUCUAUAUCUCCUUCUUCCCCUUCUUGUUCUUCUCUUUUCCUUCUCAUUUUUUCUCCUUCUUCUUUACCCCUCGUGUUUCUUCUACUUGUUUUUUGUACUUUUCUUCCAUAUGUCAUUCUUCUUCCCCUUCUUGUUCUCUUUUCCUUCUCAUUUUUUCUUCUCCUUUUCCCCCUUCCUUUUCCUCCUUCUUCUUCCCCUUCUUAUUGUUUCUUCCUUCUAUUUGUUCUUUUCUUCAAUUUAUCUUUCUUUUUCCCCUUCAUGUUGUUGUUCUCCUCCUUCCUCCCUCUUUUCUUAUUUCAACUUUUCUUCCUUUCUUCCUCUUUUCUUUCUGACUGUAUUUUCUUCCCUUUUCUUUCUUUCUCCUUUUGUUCUUUUUCUUCAUGAGCUCAUCUUCUAAAGCAAGAGCACACAUACUUGAGGAACAAGCGUCUCCUGCGGUCUCUCUUCAACAUGCACUUCUUUUUUUCCUUCUUCCUCUUUCAUCCGUUUUUCUCUCUCUUUCUUUUUCCCUUCCUUUGUUCUUGUUCCGUAAGGAGGACAUACAGUACAAGUUGAUGAAUUUGUUGUGUCGUUGCAGCAGCAGAGGGCGAUCCAGCCGCAGAGGUCCCUGCCGAUGCAAAAGGUAAGAAAACAUACAAGCUGCAGUGUGUGUGUGAGUGUGUGAGACAUUAUCUCCAUCAUCAUUGUAUGUUGAGGAGGGUGAGACUUCAACACACACACACACACACACACACACACACACCCUCUGUGAAGACGUGACAGAGCAAACAAAGAUGGUUUGUAGCAUUCAUCUUACUCACUAUUCUUCCUCAUCAUUGCACCUGCUUAUGCAAUAAUUAAUCUGGAUUGACAGUACACACACACACACACGCACACACACUCACUCUCAUCCCCCACUCUCAUCCUCCAUUAGACUUUGCGCCCUCACACAAGUGAGUCUUAAUCCGACAAGGUGAGCACACAAAAGGUGUUUCUGAUUCUCCGGGGGCUCGUUUGUGAUUAGCUGCUUCCUGCCGCUGGAUGACUUCAUCCCCCCCCACCCAAAAAAAAGCCUCUUGUGCUCUGUCAUGAGCGCCUUCCUCUCAUGUGUGACACACAGCAGCCACUGCUGCUCUGUUUCUGUGCUGGGAAUGUAAAUACUUCACAGCUUAUAAUAACGCAGUAGGAUCUACAAAAUGGAGAAUUUCAGAAUGUCAGACUUUGCAAACUAAAACCACUUUUUCAUACUUUACUGUCAAGCACACGUCUAUUUUUGGUGGUGAAAGGGUGGGAAGGCGAGUAAAAAAAAAAAGAGAGAAGAGAAAGACCUCCUCCAGAAAGAAAUAUUAUUUUUAACAAUUCCCCUCAAGUGUAUUUUAAUGUGAUGAACAACUUUUCUUAAAAAAAAGUGCACUGAUCAAAGGCUUUGACUGCUGGCUUGCACAAAGGUAGCUGAAGGACACAUGAAACAUUCAUCUCUUAAAUUGCAUGGGCGCGCUCCAUUAGACACACAAACACACACACACACACACACACUUGUGACACCUUCACUCAUGUUCCUGUUACACCUGAGCUUCACCUGCAUUUCCACUACAGUCAGAACUUUCAAAUCCAUCAUAACCAUGGUGAAGUAAUGGUAAUGGAUUUGCGUUUCAAAAUACGAUCAAUUUUCUGAAAAACAGGAGGCAAAAAAUGUGGGAAAAUAAUGAAAAUUCAGUCUUUCCCGCCAGAAUUUCCACCAGCACUUUUUUUUCCAUUAAAGGUUAAAAUACGGGAAAAAAACGGAAAACUGUUAACACGGGAGGGUUCUGGGAAAGAAGGGCAAAAUACAUGAGUGUCCUGGGGACAAUGGGAGUGUUGACAGGUAGAAAUUUUAUGGGUCUUGGUACAGUAAUGGUAAUUGAUUGCGUUUCAAAAUAAGGGAAAUUUUCCACAAAAUAAGGGAAAUUCAUUUUUUUUCCCACCAGAAUUUCCACCAGUACUUUUUUUCCCCCAUAAAAGUAAAAACUAUUAAGACGGGACGGCGCUAGGAAAGGAGCGCAAAAUAUGUGAGUUUCCUUUGUCAAACAGGAGGGUUGAAAGGUUUGUAUUUCAUCAGUCUUGAUACAGUAUGGUAAUGAAUUUGCAUUUCAAAAUAAGGGACAUUUUCCGGAGAAAAAUGAGUGGUAAAAAAGUGUGAAAAUAAGGGAAAUUUAGUUUUUUUUCCCACCAGAAUUUCCACCAGCACUUGAAAGUUACCAUGAAAGUUAAAAUAUGGGAAAAAUACAGCAAUCUAUUAAGACGGGACGGUGCUGUGAUAGAAGGACAAAAUACGAGAGGUUUGAGGUAUUGUAAAGUUAAAAGUUAUUUGGUAAUAAAGAACAAAUGAGGGAGUAAAAGUAGUGUAUUCUUCAGAUACAGGUGUAGAAAACUAGAUGCGUGUGUACUGUAUGUAUUAUGUAUGGCACAUACGUAUUUUGUGCUACAUGCUCAGCUAAAAGCUCACCUGCCACGCUCCCAUUCAUACACCAUGAUAAACAGGAAGUGACGACAGUGACGUCACAUUGCAUGCUACUCUGCUAGCCAAUCACACGCAGGCAACAUCACCUUCCUGUUGGUUGUAAUUGAUCAUAUAUUUAAUGGUGUUGUUCGGGUAAUCCAAAAUUAUGCUAAGUCUAAACAUGUCAACAUAAGCAAGAAGGCUGUUGAUUUUGAAGGCAAUUGAACACAUCAGCAGCAGCAGCAUCAUAAAAGGUUCGGGCCGCUUUGCAGCAUAUUAACGCACACGCAGGCCUUGACCUGUGCUUCCUCUCCAUUAACAGACGUCCAGGCGGCUGUAGGUAAGCUCGCUUGCUUAUUAACGGCCUCGUUGUGUGUCCGUGUCGCACAAUUGUCUGAUUGGCGUCCCUGCUUCCCUCAGCAAACACCGAGCCGAGGGACGGUAAGCCGCAGCACGCUCGCUUGUGCCGACUGUUUGUCUGCUUGCUGUGUUUGUCGUGUCGAGCACCUCGUGUGUCAGCAAACACGAGCAUCUGUCGUCUGCUAGCGCGACACCUGGAUGUGUUUGCAUUCUUCUUGUACCGCUGACAUCUGAAAUGGAAAAUGAAAGCAAACCUGAGCGCGGGUUCCUAAUUUGAAAAUAUUAGCCUCUGCCACCUGUUGUGACAGGACACACAAAAAAGUAUCAAACAAGAAGUCGGUCAUGUUGGUUUCCGUCAGCAGUUUUGGGCGAAAACAAAGGGUUGUAUUUCAACAAACUAGUCAUAGGCACUUUGACCAAAUGAGCCCAAAUGAAAAUCACAAAUACUCGACAAGUGGGUGAUGUUAUAGUGCAAAGGAUUUUAGGCUGUUUCAUAAGAUGUGGGCGGGGCAUGGCAAAAAACUUUGAUGACCACGCUUACAUUUUGCCACUAAACUGUAAACGUCAGUAACUCAGUUCCACAAGGUCAGAUCUUCAUCAUAAUUGGUACAUAUGAGGAAGACAACACCUUGAAGCUAUACGUAGGUCACUUCCAGAAGUCCAUUCAGCACCACACAGUGGCAACAGGAAAUCGGAUGCGCAUGCCCUCGAACUCACGUGAACGAUAAGUUGCGUGGUGGUGCGAGGGCCCGUUCAAUGCCCCUUAGAGCUUUAAUUAAUCAUUUUUAUCUUAUUUACCAACUUCCUUGUUAACUUGGGACAGGUCGAUGUUCCCCAAUCACACAACAAUGGCGGCUCCCGUUGUGAAUAUGAAAGACAAUAUAAACUAAUCUAGUAUCCAUUAUCACAUACUUAAUAGUUGACUGUCACGCUUUGAGAAGUUCCAAUUGGAGGCUCAAUCAGUGUUGCCAACUUAGCGACUAUAUUUAGCAAGUAUUCAGACCCCUUGAGCGACUUUUUUUUCCAAAAAACAACUGGUGAUAAUUCUAGCGACUUUUCUGUUGUUAUUGGAGCCUUUUAGUAGAAUCCCACGUAAAAGGACAUAUCGUUCUGAAGCCCAUAUUAUGCUCCUGUUUGGUCACUACGUCGCCUCUGACACUGCUGAGGUUGUGCGUGUGCUGUGCAAUUCUCUGCAGAAACGCUAGGAGCCCUAUGUUCUGGAGAGUCAACUCCGCAACCACAAUUCUCGUUGACCUCGAGCAAACAAUGACAAUUAAAGAGAGAUGGGGAGUAUUACAAUUGUUAUUUUAAUGCAAAUGUUGAUAAUGUAGGCAAAUGUAGACAACAUUAAGUACUUUUAGGACAGCCACUUUCCUUACUGAGGAGUUGGCAACACUAGGAUCAACUGGAUGUUAACUUGUUUUCGACUUGAUUGUUGAAGGAAUGACUCCAUUAACUCCAACUACGCAAGUAUUUGAGAAAGAGUUGCCACCUGAUGAGGUUGCACCAGGGGAGGACCCUCAGCUCUCGGAACUGACCGGUUUGUUUGUGUUGAAGCCGGAGAGCACCACCGCCACCAAAGGGAAGGAUGUGUCGUUUGUGGCCAAAGUGGACUCAUCCACCCUGAUCAGGAAGCCCAGUUUGAAAUGGCUGAAGGGGAAGUGGCUGGACUUGGGCAGCAAAGCUGGGAAGCACUUGCAGUUCAAGGAGUCUUAUGACAGGAACACCAAGAUCUACACGUACGAGAUGCACAUCAUCAAGGUGGUGGACGGAGACGCAGGUGGCUACCGCUGUGAGGUCACCUCCAAAGACAAGUGCGACAGCUGCACGUUUGAAGUGUCGGUGCAGGCGGUGCAAGAGGAGCAGCAGGACAACAUUUUGGAGGCCUUCAAGCGAUCUGGAGACGCAGAUGAGGAUGCUGGCGAUCUGGACUUCAGCGCCCUGCUCAAGAAAAGGCAGAAGAAGCAACAAGCGCCCAAGGAGGAAGUGGACGUGUGGGACAUCCUGAAGGCGGCCAAGCCCUGCGACUACGAGAAGAUCGCUUUUGAGUACGGCAUCACGGACCUGAGGGGCAUGCUGAAGAGGCUGAAGAAGAUGAAGACGGUGGAGCCCAAGAAGAGUGACGCCUUCCUCAAGAAGCUGGAGCCGGCGUACUCUGUGGACAAAGGCAAGAAGAUCCAGCUGAGCGUGGAGGUGGCCGACCCCGACGCCCCCAUCAAGUGGCUCAAAAACGGACAGGAAAUUAAACCGUCAGCCAAAUACGUGUUUGAGAGCGUGGGCAACAAGCGGACGCUCACCAUCAACAAGUGCAACCUGUCUGACGACGCGGCCUACGAGUGCGUGGUCGGCGAGGAGAAGUGCUUCACCGAGGUCUUUGUCAAAGAACCUCCGGUGACCAUCACCAAGCUUAUGGAUGACGUCCACACAGUGGUGGGAGAGAAGGUGGAGUUUGAGGUGGAGGUCUCGGAGGAAGGAGCUCACGUCAAAUGGAUGAAAGAUGGAGUUGAGCUGACCAAAGAGAGCGCGGCAUCCAAGUACAGAUUCAAAAAGGACGGCAAGAAGCACAUUCUGAUCAUAAACGAUGCUCGCAAAGAGGACAUUGGCACCUACUUCGCCUUCACCAACGGCGGGGAGUCCAAGGCUGAGCUGGAAGUGGAAGAAAAGGAGCUGCAGGUUCUGCAGAGCAUCGCUGACCUGACGGUGAAGGCGAGCGAGCAGGCCGUGUUCAAGUGCGAGGUGUCCGACGAGAAAGUGACGGGCAAAUGGUUCAAGGACGGCGUGGAGGUCCAGGCCAGCGAUCGCAUCAAGAUGACGCACAUUGGAAGGACACACAAGCUGACGAUCAAUGACGUGAAACCCUCCGACGUAGGAGAUUAUACGUUUGUGCCCGACGGCUACGCGCUCUCCCUGUCGGCUAAACUUAACUUCCUGGAAAUCAAGAUAGACUAUGUUCCCAGACAAGACCCUCCUAAAAUCCACCUGGACACCAGUGGCUCUGGGAGCCAGAACACCAUCACCGUGGUGGCCGGGAACAAACUUCGCUUUGAUGUGGAGAUUUCCGGGGAUCCGCCUCCUGUAGUGUGCUGGAUGAAAGGAGACAAGACGGUGAGUGAGUCGGAGGGAAGAGUCCGCGUGGAGACGAGGAAGACGCUGAGUAGCUUCGUCAUCCAGGGGGCGGAGAAAGAGGACGAAGGCCUUUACUCACUCACCGUGACCAACCCUGCAGGAGAGGACAAGGCCGAACUCUUCGUCAAGGUCGUAGAUGUGCCCGACCCUCCUGAGAAUGUCAAAUGCACAUCAGUUGGCGAGGACUGCGCCACCAUCACAUGGGACCCUCCUGCAUUCGAUGGCGGCGUGCCCAUUAAAGGUUACCUGAUGGAGAGGAAGAAGAUCGGCUCGUCCAGGUGGACCAAGCUCAACUUUGACGUCUACGAGUCCACCACGUACGAGGCCAAGAAGAUGAUCGAGGGUGUCCUUUAUGAGAUGAGAGUGUUUGCGGUCAACGGCAUCGGCAUCUCUCAGCCCAGCGCCAACUCCAAGCCCUUCAUGCCCAUUGCCCCGACCAGCGAGCCCACCCGCCUCAUGGUGGAGGACGUGACCGACUCCACCUGCGCCCUCAAGUGGCUUCCUCCUGAGAAAGUGGGACCUGGAGGCAUCGACGGCUACAUCAUUGAGUACUGCCAAGAAGGAAGUGACCAGUGGGUGCAGGCCAACCAGGAGCCGGUGGAGAGGAACCAGUACAGGGUGAAAGGUCUCCCGGUGGGGGAGAAGAUGCUGUUUAGGGUGGUGGCUGUCAACAUCGCCGGGCGAAGCCCCCCGGCCACACUUUCGCAGGCCGUCACCAUCAGAGAGAUCAUGGAACAUCCAAAGAUCCGUUUGCCCCGCCAUCUUAGGGCCAAACUGGUUAGGGUUGUCGGUGAGAAGAUCAACUUGGUCAUCCCUUUCCAGGGUAAACCUCGCCCGGUGGCCACCUGGUUCAAAGAUGGCGUACCUCUGGAGGACAGAAGCGUGGGGACGCGGUCCAGCGACGUGGACUCCAUCCUCUUCAUCCGCUCGGCUGAAAGGAGCCACUCGGGGAAGUACACUCUGUCUGUGCAGAUCGAGAACGUGGCGGACAGUACCGACAUCCACAUCCAGGUCGUAGAAAAGCCUGGCCCCCCCAUCAAGGUAAACGUCACAGACGUUUGGGGUUUUAACGCCUCGAUAGAGUGGAAGCCGCCCAAGGACGACGGCAACUCUGAGAUUAUUGGCUACACCAUACAGAAGUCUGACUUGAAGACAAAGGAGUGGUUCACGGUCUACGAGCACAAUCGCAGGCCCGGCUGCACCGUGUCCGACCUGGUCAUGGGGAACGAGUACUCUUUCCGAGUUUUCAGCGAGAACAUCUGCGGCCUGAGCGACGAGCCUGGCUUCAGCAAGAACACAGCAGUCAUUUGCAAAACAGGUUUGGAAUAUAACCCUCCACCCUUCAAAGAGAAGGACCGCAACACAUGCCCCAAGUUUACAGCACCCCUGGUGGACAGGAGUGUUGUUGCAGGUUACACAACAGCCAUCAGCUGUGCCGUCCGUGGUUACCCUAAGCCGAAGAUCAUUUGGAUGAAGAACAAAAUGAUCAUUGGGCAAGACCCCAAAUUCUUGAUGCUCAACCACCAAGGCGUGCUGACGCUCAACAUCCGUAAGCCGAGCCUCUACGAUGGCGGCCGGUACUCCUGCAAGGCCGUCAACGACCUCGGGGAGGACGAGGUAGAGUGCAAGUUGGAAGUCCGAGUUGCCCAGGAGAAAGGCGAAGAGGCAAAGAAGUGAUGAGCGACACGGGCGAGGAGUAAGUCCAACAAGAUGGAACCUAAUGGAUUUUGUGGUGAAUAAAUAUGAUUAAAAUAGAUCACCAUAAAGCCAGUCCUGACCCCCUCCCAUAUGCUCGCCUUUCACCACCGCCAUGAUGGAUGCUACAUCGCUAAUGUGCCAUAAAUUCUUUGUGUCUCUUACACACACACACACACACACACACACACACACACACACACACACACGAGUGUCUUAUCUGUGAAGUGGAUCUGUGUGUGAGCGCGCUUCUUAAGCAGCCAUAAAG